AUGGCUUCAGCUGCUACUGCCUCCUUUGCUCCUGCCCCUUGUGGCUGGCACCCAGAAGACAUUUCUUUCCCCAGCGGAUUUGCUUGGGGUGCUGCUACAGCAGCUUAUCAAGUUGAAGGAGGCUGGAAUGCAGAUGGAAAGGGCCCUAAUGUUUGGGACACAUUCACUCAUCAGGGAGGAGAUCGAGUUUUCAAGAACCAGACUGGUGAUGUAGCUUGUGGCAGCUACACUCUGUGGGAGGAAGAUUUGAAAUGUAUCAAACAGCUUGGAUUGACUCAUUAUCGCUUUUCUCUUUCCUGGUCACGUCUGUUACCUGAUGGGACGACAGGUUUCAUCAACCAGAAAGGAGUUGAUUACUAUGACAAGAUUAUUGAUGACCUGUUGGCAAAUGGCAUUGUGCCCAUGGUGACAUUAUAUCACUUUGAUUUACCUCAACAUUUAGAAGAUCAAGGUGGCUGGAGCUCUGAUGCAAUCACUGAGGUCUUUGACAACUAUGCACAGUUUUGCUUCAGAACAUUUGGAAACCGAGUGAAACUGUGGGUCACUAUUAAUGAGCCUUAUGUUGUUGCUAAAGAUGGCUAUGAAAAAGGCAUUGUGGCUCCAGGAAUAAUGGAACCUGGUAUUGGAGCUUAUCGGACAGCUCAUAACAUGAUAAAGGCUCAUGCUAAAGCCUGGCACAGUUAUGAUUUGUUAUUUAGAAAAAAGCAACACGGGCUUGUGUCUAUAGCUCUAAACUCAGAUUGGGCAGAACCCCUAGAUUCAACUUGUCUGGCAGACCAAGAAGCUACUAACAGAUAUAUGGCUUUUUGCUUAGACUGGUUUGCUGAACCCAUAUUUAUUAGUGGUGACUAUCCAGCCAUCAUGAAAUCCCAGAUCUCUGUAAUGAGUACAAAGCAAGGCUACCUAUCAUCAAGGCUUCCAGAAUUUACUGAGGAAGAAAAGAAGAUGAUCAAGGGAACUGCUGACUUUUUUGCCCUAAAUUAUUAUACUACUCGCAAAGUAAAGCACCAAGAAAAUACACGCAGUGAACCAAGUGUUUCUGGGGACAGAGAAGCUGAACAAAUAGUGGACCAUUCCUGGCCUUUUGCUGCUGGCAGCUCAUGGCUGGCUGUAGUUCCCUGGGGUUUACGUAGAUUACUGAAAUAUAUCAAGGAUACAUAUAAUAAUCCUAUAAUUUACAUCACUGAGAAUGGGUUUUCCCAGAGUGACCCUGCUCCACUUGAUGACACUCAGCGCUGGAAGUAUUUUAGGCUGACAUUACAAGAAAUUUUAAAAGCCAUCUCUCUUGAUGAUGUCCAUCUUAAUGGAUAUUUUGUGUGGUCCCUCCUUGACAACUUUGAAUGGACUUGUGGAUACAGCUGUCGAUUUGGACUUUUCCAUGUUGACUUCGAAAACCCAGCUCUCCCUCGUGUUCCUUACCAAUCAUCAAUAGAAUAUGCCAAAGUUAUCUCCAACAAUGGACUAACAAAAUCAACUGAAGAGCUGUGA